GCACUCAUUCCUUUCCUCUCUUUCUCUAAGUCAGUGCGUAAUGGUAUAGACGAGGAUGAAUUCCCUUGUGAAAUGGGCGCUCAUCCUCUUUGUCCUCUUCUCCAUCAUUCUCAACAUCGUCCUGAUUGGCAUCCACCAUAACAAGGCGCCCAAAUGUUCUACCCAGCGCGUUCACCCUCUGCGGGGCAAACACAACGAGCGCAGCGACGUGUUCGCUGACCUCACCCGGGAGGAGUACUUGCAGGUCCAGGAGUACAUGCUGAAGCAGAAAGACUUGGCCAUAUCCACCAAGCAGUUCACUAAGCCGUCGGAAAACUUCUUGUUCCUAAUAGAUCGCUCUCUGCCCAAGAAGAAGGAGGCGCUGGAAUAUUUAGACGGGAAAAGCCCCAAGCCGGUGCGAGAGGCCACGGUGGUGGUCUUCUACGGCACCGAGGGCCAGAUCAAGGAGUAUGUUGUGGGUCCUCUCCCUAAUCCCCGACAACACAGAGAUGUCACAGUGGAGAGGUACAAGAAGGAACUCCAUAUCGAUGCGCGUACGGUCACCAUCGGGGAGUACGUCUUGAUUUUCCAGUUUUUUCAAGAGAAAGUUUUCUCCCAGUUGGAGACGCUCCUGAAGGAAAGCUUCAAUUACGGUCCGAAGAAUCAGCUGAAUGUCUUUGAGCAGAUGCCCCGCGGAGUCCAAUCCGGAGAUAGAAUUACCUGGGUGUCUUUCUUCAGGGACAUGAGUGGCAUGUACAUCCAUCCCGUGGGCUUAGAAGUGCUGCUCAACCAUAAGAGCGUAAACUCGUCCCAGUGGACAGUGGAUCGGCUGCUCUAUAACGGCCAAUACUUCGACUCAGUAGACGAACUGAAACAGAAAUAUAAUGACGGGACUAUUAAGAAAAUAGUUUACAAGGAGUCAACUGACUAUGGUUCAUUAAAACCCAAACACAAGCCUCUGGAGCUCGGCCCGCAGCAGUUUUACGCAGAGGGUAAGCGCUUCAGCAUCAGCAAAAACCACGUUCUGUACCUGGACUGGAGCUUUGCUUUCGGGUUGAGCUCCCUCACGGGCAUGCGGGUGUUUGAUGUGCGCUUCAAGAACCAGAGGAUAGUGUACGAGCUGAGCGUGCAAGAGGCCAUGUCUGUGUACGGCUCAGUGACGCCGGGGAUGAUGCUCACCAAGUUUCUUGAUUCGAGCAUCGGGAUUGGCCGUUUCGGACAUGAAUUGGUCCGUGGAGUGGACUGCCCCUAUGAUGCCACCUACGUGGAUACAUACCGGUACAUCGAUGCCUCUGCCCCGAUUAGAUUCAAGAAUUCCAUCUGCGUCUUUGAGCACAACAUGGGUCAGCCACUGCGGAGGCACUUCUCUGACUUCUUCCACAACAGUUAUGGAGGGAUGGUGAACAGCGCUCUGGUGUUCAGGACCAUCACAGCCAUUGGUAACUAUGACUACAUGUGGGAUUUCAUCUUCUAUCAGAGCGGAGCGGUGGAGGCCAAGGUGCACGCCACUGGAUAUAUCUCGUCUUCUUAUAUACAAGACGGUUCUCUGAAAUACGGACACCAGGUGGCAGAAAACGUCCUGGGAAACAUCCACACCCACUUCAUCAACUUCAAAGUGGACCUGGACGUGAUGGGAGUGAAAAAUGUGUUCCAGACGAAAGACAUGGAGUACGUCAAUGUGUCGCUGCCAUGGAUGCCUGAUCGCACCGCUAUGAUCCCUCAGCUGGUUGAGAAGCAACUCAAAACGGAACAGGAAGCAGCUCUGCGUUUUGACACCAAGACUCCUCGCUACCUCCACAUUGCCAGCAACAUGACCAACCGCUGGGGGCACCAGCGCUCCUAUAGGUUACAGGUGUACAGCUUUACUGGGGACCACCUUCCAGAGAGCCAGGCUGAAGAGAAGUCCAUGUCCUGGGCCAGGUAUAAAGUUGCCAUCACCAAGCACAAGGAUUUAGAGCAAACCAGCAGCAGCCUGUACUCUCAAAACAACAUCUGGGAUCCAGCUGUGGACUUCAGCAAGUACAUUGAAGACAACGAAAGCAUUGAACAUGAGGAUCUGGUUGCCUGGGUGACCGCUGGCUUCCUCCACAUCCCUCAUGCCGAGGAUAUCCCUAACACGGUAACUGUGGGCAAUGGGGGUGGGGUCCUGCUACGACCCCACAACUACUUUGACGAGGACCCAUCCAUCCACUCUUCUGAUGGGGUGUACUUUAACCCGGGGAGUGAGCAAAGCUGUGAGAACAACAGAAUGGCCUGUCUUGCUCAAGAGACCUGCAGCCCCGUGCUAGAAUCCUUCACCUACCAAGGCUUUGAUGGGGUUAUGAAGUUUGAGGAGUAGGUGUGAUUCAUUGAGCACUGAAAUGUAACCUCAGAGCACUGAUGUGCUCAGAGAGGCGCUUGGGCUUACUAAUCAAUCUAUCAAGAAGAAAAUGAUUCUUGCUACACAUGUUUUGCAGAGUUUUAUGGAUAUCAAUCUCUUGUCUGUGUGUUCAGCACAGAGCUGGACUCAGACUCUCUCUCUCUCUCGUUGUAUCUGGUUUGUUUAAUCCAUGCACAAAUAGUAAUAUAAACACAAUAAUUUGUGGUUUUUGGCGGUGUUGUCUGCUGGAACAAUUUCUCCUGAAGUCCUGUCAUCACAGUGAGGUUGCUGGGUCUGGUACCGUUGUGCUAGUACAGACAACCUUUGUUCAUAGACCGUAUAUGGCAACGCUGCACUACAUCAGGAGACACUGCACAGACCUAACUCCAGUAAAACACAAGCUACCCCCCUCUGUUCUCCAUGGUUCUAUUUUCAUUACAUUUAAAACUAUGCAUCAUGUAAACAAAAUGCAAGACUUGGUGGCAUUAUAGUAGCCAACUUGGGGCCCUUAGUUUUUUCUUGUAUGCUUUUCUGUAUGUUAUGCUUUAGUGUUGUACAGCAUAUUACCAGACACAUUCUCAAUGAAUAAAGCUAUCACAAAAUAAUUGUCACACAGUGAACUUGGGGCCUUUCGGAGGGUCCCAGGGGAGUUACCCUACUGGUAAAGUAGCCUUGAUGGAUAGAUACAGAUAUGGCUGACUAUAACGUAGGGAAACAAUCUAUUUUAUGGUAUCAAUGAUACUUUAAAUGAUAUUUCAGUUGUAAUUCUAGCAUCUGUACCCUCAGCCCCCAGCCUAUUGGUUCUUUCUAAAGAUGUAAUUUUUUGAAAAUGUCUUAACAUCCUAAAACAGGUAAUCCCCACUUUAGUUUUUGUUAGUGUUAGGGUAUUAGUCAAACAGGAAGAAAUUAUAUAUUGUUGGGAACUAUUUUCAGUGGCAGAUAGAUCCAAAUUUGUUGUUCUACUAAGUAUUUCAGGCAGCAGGACAGUGUGUGUGGAAGUUGGGAGUUAAAAGAGGUUUAGGAUCUCACUUUGCCUCAGCAACCCUCAGGAGGUUAAUUCAGCCAUGUAGUUAAAGAUUUCUGUCGCUAUUCAUCUGAAAUAGACAAAAACAAAUAAUAACUGUUAUGAGCAGUAAAAAUUGUGUUGCCUGGGAUUUCAAAACUAUCAACUGUCUUCAUUAUGUAAUGGUUUUAUUCAUUUUCACUCUUAUGCCAGCUAACGUUUUUCUUCUUUUUUUUUGCAUGAAGUCAAAAUUAAUCCAAAUGCAUUGUAAAUGACACAUUUCUUACUUUUUCCUCUGAUGAACCACUGUGAUGUAAACUGUGACAUAAACAUUAUAAACUGACACUGUACAGUCAGCUGUAAGUGAUGCAUUGACAAAUAUGAGCUUUCAGUCCAAAGGACCCUUCUCUGAUGUGGCUCGAGGCUGGGACUACUGAACGUCUGAUUGUUGUUUUACUCUUUUUAGAUAUUUUUUUCUACACUGGGACAUUCAGAGGAAUUUUACUGUUGUUGUUGUUGUUUCCUCUCUUAAUAAAAGAAGAGAUUAUUUGUUUAA